CGUUUAUUGAUGGUGUGCAGUCCUUCAUGGCACCACGGGACAGGAAGCCCAGUGCCCCUGAGCAAAGUACAAAGUCUACACCACUGCUUCACCAGUAGUAACUGAUCAUUACGCUCAUGACAAUACCACAACACCACAUCAGUGGCUCUCAGGAGACUACAAAACAGCUGCUGAAGGAGACUUUGCUGAGUCAUUUCAUUUGGACCAUCAGCCUUUGGAGAUCUGUGAGUUUGGACAGUUGAAACCAGAGCAUGUUUGUGACUGUGCUCCUGCUACUGGUCACUAUAUGUGCCCAGGGAGGAAAUGGUGAGGAGAAAGCAGAGGCACAGAGACCUGGCCAUGUUUCAGUGGUAAUAGUGGGAGGCACAGGUGAUCUGGCAAAGAAGUACCUGUGGCAGGGCUUCUUCGACCUGUACACUAACCAGGUCAGUAGUGGAUACACCUUUUCCUUCUAUGCUGGAGGACUGUCACCUGCUGACGUGGCCACGCCUGUCCUGUUUGAGAUCCUGAAGGCGGUGUCCUGCUCAAAAGAUGUAUCAGCGGAGCGCUGUGCUCUGUUGAAAGAGCAGUACCUGCGGCUCUCACAGUAUCGGCAGCUGAAGUCCAUAGAGGACUACCAGGAACUGGCCAAACAUAUUAAACAAGAGCUCCAACAAGAGGGAAUAACAGAGGCAGGGAGGCUGUUCUACCUCUCAGUACCAGCCUUUGCAUACGCAGAUAUUGCUGAUAAGAUAAAUAAUAGUUGCAGACCAACCAGUGGGGCGUGGCUGAGGGUGGUGCUAGAGAAGCCUUUUGGACAUGACUUCAGGAGUGCCCAGGUACUUGCAUCUCAACUUGGUAGUUCCUUGAAGGAUGAAGAAAUGUACAGAAUCGACCAUUAUCUGGGGAAGCAGGUGGUUGCAAAGAUACUUCCAUUCAGAGUAGAGAACAAAAACUUUCUGGAUCCCAUUUGGAACAAGCACCACAUCGAGAGGGUGGAGAUUGUAAUGAAAGAGACCCUCGAUGUCAAAGGUCGUAUGCCCUUCUAUGACCAAUAUGGGGUGAUCAGAGAUGUGCUGCAGAACCACCUGACUGAGGUUAUGACCCUGCUGACCAUGAGGCUUCCAGUGAAUCUGAGCAGCAGUGAGGAAGUUCUUCAAAAUAAGCUGCAGAUUUUCAGUUCCCUGCUGCCUGUAGGAAAGAAUCAAGCCGUGAUUGGCCAGUACCAAGCGUACAAGACAGCAGUUCAGCAAGAGUUGAAUAAGACAAAAGAUCACAUCAGUCUCACACCAACAUUUGCAGCUGUGUUGGCACACAUCGAUGAGACCCAGUAUGAAGGUGUGCCAAUUCUUUUGAUCUCAGGGAAGAUGUUAGAUGAACGGGUGGGGUAUGCGCGUAUACUUUUCAAGAAUGACAUAUUUUGUCUUCAGAACCACAACAGCGUUCACUGCAAGCCCAAACAGAUAGUUUUCUUCUUUGGGCAUGGCAACCUUCAAUAUCCAGCAAUUCUUGUAAGUAAGAAUUUAUUCAAGCCAGUUUUAAUAGACGAUGAGUGGAAGGAAGUGACGGAGCAUAAAGAUGUCAAUGUUCUAGGUUUGCCUAUUUCAGACUAUUAUGUGCAAACUCCAAGAGAGCAGAAGGAAGCAUAUUCAGAACUUAUUUCUCACAUUUUCGCUGGAUGUAAGAACAGUUUUAUCAGUGCUGAAAACCUGCUGGCUUCCUGGGGUUUUUGGACACCACUGCUGAGAAGCUUAGCCAGUUCUUUUCCCCGCAUCUACCCCGGGGGUGCUGACAAUGGAGACCUGCUGGAUGUCCGUAUAAAAGGGAAAGACAUUAGCUACAACAGUGAGGUGGUGAUAAUCAGCCCUGAUCAGAUGUCUGGAACAUCAGCAGACGGUUUCCAAGUAAUGCAAGGCAAAUUUCGUAGUGCUGACAUGGUGUCCGCCUGGGCUGAGGAACUGGUGGAGAGGCUAGCUGCAGACAUAGAGGAAGCAGCAGAGGCAGCAGUGCGUGAGGGGGGUGUUUUCCAUCUUGCCCUCUCUGGUGGGUCCACUCCCCUCGCUUUGUUCCACAGGUUAGCCCUGCACCACUUCUCCUUCCCCUGGAGGGAUACCCAUGUGUGGAUGGUAGACGAACGAUGCGUGCCUCUGACUGAAAUGGAGUCCAACUUCCACAGCCUGCACAACCAUCUACUGCAACACGUGAGGAUACCCUAUUACAACAUCCACCCCAUGCCAGUGCAGCUCAACCAGCGUCUGUGUGUGGAGGAGGACGGAGGAGCACGGCUGUAUGAGCAAGAGGUCAGCAAUUUGGUAAAUGGCUCCAGCUUCCAUUUUGUACUGCUGGGAGUCGGCUAUGACAGCCACACUGCCUCUCUGUUCCCUGGCAAUAAAGUGGACGAACUUGGGGAAGGUCUGGUGGCCCUCACUGAGAGUCCUGUCAAGCCUCACCAGCGCAUGAGCCUCACUUUCAGUGCCAUUAACCGAGCUCGCACGGUCGCUGUUUUAGUGAUGGGCAAAGGCAAGCAUGAACUGAUCACCCAGCUGAGCCGAGUGAAGGACAACCCAGACAAGUGGCCCGUCACCGGGGUGAAGCCUGCUGAUGGCAGACUUGUUUGGUAUAUAGACUAUGAUGCACUUUUAGGAUAGUAAUCACAUUCCAACUUUCAAUCAGACAAAUGUUUUUGAAGCUGCUUUAAAACUAUAGUUGGUAACUUUUAUGAGAAUAACUUCCUGAAACUGUCACUACAUCCACACAGUAUUACAUAAUAAAAUCAUGAUCCUCCUUCUCUUCCUACCUCUUCUGAUGGCAUUUGCGAGAGCCUAUCACAGCUCACAAUCACUGCUCCUUAACUUCGGUCAAACUGUCAAACUAGGACUGAUCAAAUAUGAAUCAAGAUUCUAUCGCUGCAUUGGCUGUUUCUCUCAAACAUUUUCAGAAACAUAUUUUAGUGUACUGUUUAGCUGUAAAAUGAGAACGCUUGUGCCUUGGCUACCAUGUUGGAAACGGUUGAGUGAAGCACCACCCACUGCCUGGACCAAGUGUCUCAUUUUACAGCUAAACAGUACACUAAAAUAUGUUUCUGAGAACAUUUGUGGAGAGAAAUGGAGAGAAAUCACA